CACUCACAACAGGUUUGCUCAACACACAUGCACAAGAUCACCACGGCGACUAAGACCAAACCUCUCCUCUUUUUAUUUCUUAUUUUCAUUUGUGAGUUCCUUACAAAUUUCCCGCAAUAUUUUGAUAUAUGAUGGUGUGUAAGGUUUUUGCAAUUUUCUUUGGGAAUAGUCUAUGUUUGCUGCUUCUACUGUCUAGCUUGGCCGAUGCGAAUCAGGCCAACAUUGAUUGCUUGAAGACCUUUAAAUCUCAAGUAGAGGAUCCAAAUGGGUAUUUAUCAAGUUGGGAGUUUGGGAACCAGACUGCACAAGGUUUUAUCUGCAAGUUCAGUGGUGUGACUUGUUGGCAUGAUGAUGAGGAUAGGGUUUUCAGUAUUAUGCUCUCUGGUUAUGGUCUCGGAGGAGUGUUUCCUCAGGGGAUUAAGCUAUGUUCUGAUUUGACUCAUCUAGACCUUUCUAGAAACAACUUCUCUGGACCUUUACCAUCCUACAUUUCCUUGUACUCUCCAGUUAUUACGACUCUAGACCUAUCCUACAAUAGUUUUUCUGGUGAGAUCCCUAUGUUGAUCUCAAACAUUACUUUUCUGAACACUCUUCAGCUUCAUCAUAACCAGUUCACGGGUACUCUUCCUCCCCAGCUAGGGCAACUUAGACGGCUCAACACGUUCUCAGUGGCUGACAAUCGUCUCGAAGGUCCAAUCCCAAAGUUUAACAGUGCCAGCAUUACCUCAGAGAGUUUUGCUAAUAACCUGAAUCUGUGCGGUAAGCCUCUGGUCUCUGGAUGAAUGUAAGAUGACUUCGACCAACUCUCAUGGUAAAGUUGUUAUUUUAGCGGCACUAGGUGGAUUUACCGUGGCAGCAUUUGUCGUUGGAAUAAUUCUGGGAUUCUUUUGUUCUACUAUUUCUGUAGAGCGGCUGUUAUUCAGAAAAAGCCGAUAAAUGGUCUUGUACGAAAUGACAUCCACAAAUGUUUAGUUCUGAACAAUUACAUAUUUUCAAAUUUGUUAAAAGGAGUUAAA